GAGAUUACUGGGGAUCUGAGAACUAUACUUCCUUCAAGUCAGCGGUGAAAUUGGAGACUUUGGGGUUUCCAAGCUGCACAGUCCUAGGUCAGUUCUGCAAUCUGGAGACCUCUUGGUUCCUGGGUCCACAGUCAACGUCCUGCAGCUCUCACAGCCCACACCAAACCAGCACAUCUCAAAGUUCUGGGACACUUGCAUUUGGCUGUGGAUUUGAGAACUUUGGUUCACCCUGUGAAACCAGGAACCUGGAAACUCAGGUGGAAAAUGUUCGGUUACUUGAUCGUUUAUCUUCGAGAAAAGCUGCACUGGGAACCUUGUAUUUAACAGCUACCCAUGUCAUAUUUGUGGAGAAUGUUUCUGAAACUCGCAAAGAAACCUGGGUUCUUCACAGCCAAAUUUCCUCUAUUGAGAAGCAGGCCACCACUGCCACUGGUUGCCCAUUGCUGAUCCGCUGCAAGAACUUCCAGGUUAUCCAGCUGGUCAUCCCUCAGGAACGAGACUGCCAUGAUGUUUACAUAUCUCUGAUACGUCUGGCACGACCAGUGAAAUAUGAAGAGCUGUAUUGUUUCUCAUUCAAUCCAAAAUUAGAUAAAGAAGAACGAGAACAAGGCUGGAAGCUUGUGGACCUCAUUGAAGAGUAUAACCGGAUGGGUAUUCCAAACAACUAUUGGCAGAUUAGCGAUGUGAACAGAGACUAUGGAGUCUGUGACUCCUAUCCUACGGAAGUGUAUGUACCAAAGUCUGUGACUGCACACAUCAUAGUGGGGAGCUCUAAAUUUCGGAGCCGAAGGCGUUUCCCAGCUCUUUCCUACUAUUGCAAGGAUAACAAUGCUUCCAUAUGUAGAAGCAGCCAGCCUUUAUCUGGCUUUAGUGCUCGAUGCCUUGAGGAUGAACAGAUGCUCCAGGCCAUUAGAAAAGCAAAUCCAGGAAGUGAUUUCUUAUACGUUGUUGACACUCGGCCCAAACUUAAUGCAAUGGCAAACAGAGCAGCAGGGAAGGGAUAUGAAAAUGAAGACAACUACUCCAACAUCAAGUUUCAAUUCAUAGGCAUUGAGAAUAUCCAUGUCAUGAGAAAUAGUCUGCAGAAAAUGCUUGAAGUUUGUGAGCUGAAAUCGCCUUCAAUGAGUGACUUUCUGUGGGGCCUAGAAAAUUCUGGCUGGCUGAAGCAUAUCAAAGCCAUUAUGGAUGCUGGCAUUUUUAUUGCAAAGGCUGUGGCUGAGGAAGGUGUGAGUGUGCUUGUUCACUGCUCUGAUGGCUGGGAUAGGACAGCCCAGGUUUGCUCUGUAGCAAGCCUUCUAUUGGAUCCAUAUUACAGAACUAUGAAGGGAUUCAUGGUGUUAAUUGAAAAAGACUGGGUUUCCUUUGGUCAUAAAUUUAACCACAGGUAA